GCCUGGUCUCUGUGACCUUUAUUAUCACAGAGGGAGAGAGAGGAGCACACUGGCGAUGUGGCACUGAGAGAGCGUCUGGAAACAGAGGGAGGAAUCGCUGAAGGAGUCAGACAGAGACCCGGAGGCUGAGGUUUCUUGCUUUCAGAGUAGCCUGCACUAUUCACAGUGGGUUUUAAUUAGUCAGUUAAUGAAUUGCGAUUUGAAAAUGGACUCACCAGGUGUGGACAGAGACACAAGGGAGCCUACAGCACCUGCUCAGGAGGAUUCAGAGAGCUUGGAACUGACCAACCAAUCUGAAGAGAACCGGGACAAGGAGGAAAGUGGAGCUGGAGAAGGAGGUGUGUCCACAAAGCUGGAAGAUGGGGAUGUGGUCGUGAGAGGAGCUUCUUCUGAAGACAAAGAGGAGGUUGAGGAGUCCCCAGAAGAAACGGUGUCCCUAGGAGGAGAAGGUGAGGCUGUGAAUAGCCAAGACUCCGAAGAACACGUAGAUGAAAAAGAGGAAAGGAUCUGCACACCGGAGCGUGAGUCUAGUGUCCAUCAAGAUCUGCCUUCCUCACAAGAGCACAGUGCCGGCGAGGGCAAGGUGACGCCCACAGCAGACACAGCCAUGAGCGCAGCCAGCGGAGGGAGUGAGACUCCAGAAGAAGGGGAGGUGCCUUCGGAGCACAUGGCCACGCCCACUUCAGACUCAGCAGUGGCUUCGUUCAGUGGAAGGGGCGUGGCUCAAGGCGAAGAGGAGGUAGCCUGUGAGCUCAAGGCCACACCUACAUCAGACACAGAUGGGGUCUCAGUCAGUGGAGGGGGCGUGGCUCAGGGGGAAGAGGAGGUACCCUGUGAGCUCAAGGCCACACCUACAUCAGACACAGAUGGGGUCUCAGUCAGUGGAGGGGGCGUGGCUCAGAGGGAAGGGGAAGUACCCCCGGAGGAGAUGGCAACGCCUACAACAGAGAUGGCUGUGGCUUUGGUCCGUGGAAAGGGCGGAGCUACGGAUGAAGGGGAGGUACCCUCGGAGCACAUGGCCACUCCUACAACAGACACAGCUGUGGCUUCGGUCAGUGGAAAGGGCGGGGCUCCGGAGAAAGGCGACACUGCAGGACAGCAGGGGGCCAGACGUGUCGCUGAAGAAGAGAAGCAUGCUGGGAAGAGGGGGGAGGGGCCAAGGAAGAAGAAGAGUGCGCCCAUCACCCCAAAGUCUUCCAGCUCCCCAAGCUCUGUCUCACUCCCUCGUUCCAGAACAGCCCCUCGAUCCUCUGCGGGAGGGACGAAGAAGGACAUCCUGGCCAAGUUCCAGCAGAGCUGCCCCGAGGGGCCUGUUAUCCCCAACUUCAAAGUUCAGAGGUCGCGCAGGGCAGGUGUGUCUGACGGGUCAUCUGUGAAGCAGCGUCUCCUGCAGUGGUGCCGCAAGAGGACCGCGGGAUACCCGGGAGUGUCCAUAGAGAACUACUCCUCCUCCUGGUCGGAUGGGCUGGCGUUCUGUGCUCUUGUCCACCACUUCUUCCCUCACGCCUUCGACUUCUCUUCUCUGAGGGCUGAGGACAGAGAGAGAAACUUCAGCCUGGCCUUUACCACUGCAGAGUGAGUCUGCCUUCAGGCUCUCUGUGU